AGGGCUGUACUAGCAGUUGUACUCAGUGCUUUGUAGGUAGGGACUGUAGGUCAGUGGGACGGUAGGUCACUUGGACAGUGGGUCUAGGACAGUGGGUCACUUGGACAGUAGGUCACUGGGACGGUGGGUCACAUGGAAAGUAUGCCACCUGGACAGUAGGUCACUUGGACAGUAGGUCACAUGGACAGUAGGUCACUGGGACGGUGGGUCAGAUGUUUUCCAUAGAUGCUGUAAUAUUAUGACAUUUUUGCUUUCAGCGUGAAUCUGAGAUUAAUAUAAAAGUCUCAAAGAAACUAAAGGCAAAACCAGGUCUUAAGGAUAUAUAUAAUGAUCAUGUAAUUGAGAUCUUCUUCCUUUCGGAUAUGGACAAGAGUGACAAGAAUGAAGAAAAAUACCUCGAAAUAUGGUGUAAAAUGGAAGAGGAAUGUUUCAAAUUGCAGUCAUGUUGGCGUGAAGAAAUUCUUGGAUCCUGGCUUGAACUUGAAAAAAAAAUUAUGCUGAAAAAAGAAGAAGGAAUUAAAUUCCUGAACAUACAACAGAUACUGAGUUUGAAUGAAGCGCUUUUGGUACCACUUGAUGAGAGGGAACUUGUCCAAUUUCUUCAAUAUUUGCAUAAUGCUGCAAGUGUUUUUUGCUUUGAUAUUAUUGGGAAAACAGACUCGGACUUGUUAACAGCGGACGAAAAGAAACAAAUGAAAGUAAUAUUAGAUAUCAACUGGAUUAUCAAAGCCUUUGGAGCUAUCAUCACAGAUACCAAAUUUGUAAGUUUUAAAGGCCUCAAAGAGGAGGCAACAUGGGCGGAUUUUAUAGAUUCAGCAGAACUGAACAACAAGGUACUUGAUCUUCGCUGGAGCAAUAUUACAGAAGAGGAUCGCCAGGUAUUGUUAUCUGUAAUGGAAAGUCUAGGACUGAUAACAAAACCAAUCGAUGUUCUAGACAGCCUGCAGCAGGCAACGAAGUCUGACAUAUAUAUUGUCCCCUGUUUAUUGAAAGAGGCCUCACCAGAUAUUGUACGAGAAAUAUUGGGAAAGGAUGAUGUGCAAUGUACUAAAACAUUAUGUCUGAUAUUCAACAAUCCUUUUGUUCUACAAGCUAUCUGGGACAAAACCAUUGCAAUAUGCUUGCAUGAAUUUGGAGAAUGUACCUACCACGAGAGGAGUCCGAAACGUAAAUUCUGUUACCAACGGCCACAGAGAGGGUUAAUCUGCCGAAAUGUUGAUGGCAUUUGGAACUUUGGCCUUCAUUGUAAAGGGCAGAUGCUCAAACUCACGAUGUUUAAUGAUCACAAUAUUAAUGUGACAGCAGGUGUUGGGAAAGACCUGAGGGUUAAAAUUGAAGGUAUUAUCAAACAUGUUCUUUUGAUGACCAGCCAGGGACAUAAAAUGUUUAGCUACUACCUCCAUUGUGACUUUUGGGUUUCUGAUGUUGAGGAUAAGGAAAGGAAGCCAGAUGCAGAGAUUUUUGAAAAGGCGGAACACUAUAAGUGUUUCGAUGUGGAAGGAAAUGCUCACUUCCUGACACGACGUCAUUGGCUGGCAUGGUUUGGUGAGAAUGAUAAGAUUCCAGCUACGGAGAAAUACACAGACAUGACCAAGGUAAAAAGCAUCCAUGCUGACAUGGUGAUGGAGCUGUCCACGUUGAUCUGUCCAGGAUUAACAGAGAGAUGGGAUAACUUCCGAACGCGUUUGGAACCACACUUGGGACCUGAUGUAUUGUAUGGUGUAAAGGACAAUAGCAUGUCACAAAUCUGUGGUUGUCUAAAGGCCAAAGGAAAAAUUGAUUAUGGUGAAUAUGGCCUGUUACGAGGGAUUGUCUUCGAAAUCCAUUUUGACGCAGCUGCUGUUAUUGACAAAGCUUUGGAAAAACUGGUCCCACUUCAAUUGUCGUCAAAGUGAUGUCAACAAACUUGGGGACCUACCUCAGAUAUGAUCAGUGACCUCAUCACAAAUUCUGAUAUGAAAUGGAUCAGUCACCUCAACACACACUCUGAUAUGACAUGGAUCAGUGAUCUCAUCACACACUCUGAUACGACAUGGAUCAGUGACCUCAUCGCUAAAUCUGAUAUGACAUGGAUCAGUGAUCUCAUCACACACUCUGAUAUGACAUGGAUCAGUGACCUCAUCGCUAAAUCUGAUAUGACAUGGAUCAGUGACCUCAUCACUAACUCUGAUAUGACAUGGAUCAGUGACCUCAUCACUAACUCUGAUAUGACAUGGAUCAGUGACAUCAUCACAAAUUCUGAUAUGACAUGGAUCAGUGAUCUCAUCACACACUCUGAUACGACAUGGAUCAGUGACCUCAUCGCUAAAUCUGAUAUGACAUGGAUCAGUGACCUCAUCACACACUCUGAUAUGACAUGGAUCAGUCACCUCAUCACAAACUCUGAUAUGACAUGGAUCAGUCACCUCAUCACACACUCUGAUAUGACAUGGAUCAGUCACCUCAUCACACAUUCUGAUAUGACAUGGAUCAGUGACCUCAUCACACACUCUGAUAUGACAUGGAUCAGUGAACUCAUCGCUCAAUCUGAUAUGACAUGGAUCAUUGACCUCAUCACAAGCUCUGAUAUGACAUGGAUCAGUGACAUCAUCACAAACUCUGAUAUGACAUGGAUCAGUGAAACCAUCACAAACUCUGAUAUGACAUGGAUCAGUGACCUCAUCACACACUCUGAUAUGACAUGGAUCAGUGAACGCAUGAAAAAUUCUGAUAUGACAUGGAUCAGUGACCUCAUCACACAUUCUGAUAUGACAUGGAUCAGUGACCUCAUCUCUAAAUCUGAUAUGACAUGGAUCAGUGACCUCAUCACACACUCUGAUAUGACAUGGAUCAGUGACCUCGUCGCUAAAUCUUAUAUGACAUGGAUCAGUGACCUCGUCUCUAAAUCUGAUGACAUGGAUCAGUGAACGCAUGAAAAAUUCUGAUAGGACAUGGAUCAGUGACCCCAUCAAAAAUUCUGAUAUGACACAGAUGUUUAACAUCAUCACAUUACAAAGUCUAAUAAGACACAAAUCGAUGACCUCAUCACAUAUGCAAAUUGUGAAAACGCUGAUAUGACAUUUUAAAACAAUCCUUACACAUCGAAUCAAAGUGCAAUUAAAGCUACAAUCCCCAGUAGCUUCUCAGAAAAAAUGGUGUCACAAGCCCCUAACUGGACAAGCUGGUUGCGUUUCUUUAAAAACAACUGGUGUUGGUGAAAAACGACAACCAAGAUACAAUCAGGAUGGUGUGUAGCUGUCAGGGCAACUUCUAGGAGAAAAGGACCAAGCUUACCCAGGAUGUUGUGUAGCUGUCGGGGCAACUUCUAGGAGAAAAGGACCAAGCUUACCCAGGAUGUUGUGUAGCUGUCGGGGCAACUUCUAGGAGAAAAGGACCAAGCUUACCCAGGAUGUUGUGGAAGAUAAUUUCUCCGAUAUGGUCGGCCAUAUUCAGAGAACAAGGCAUUGUAAUAAGGUGUUUAGCCUUUCCUUGAUAAUUCCUAGAUUUAGACUUAUCAUACAGCACCUUACACAGUAUAGAAUGGAUUGUUUACCUUAUUUAGUUUACAGGUAUCCUGUGGCAGUCUGUAGUAUAAUGUAGGUCAGGAUGACUAUAUUAGGCAUUUAAAGCCCUGGUUGCAGGGUAAUAUGAAGGUAUAUAUACAGUCUACCCUCGACCUAUCGCCACCCGAAUCUACCGCCACCUCUGGGGAUUAUAUAAAAAUAUAUAGCCAAUGGAAUAGUUGACUAACAAAGCUAAAUAUAUAGCCUAUGGAAUAAUUGACUAACAAAGUUACAACAUGUAAAUGUAUAUUGAAAAUCGUGUAACAUUACAGCGAUAUUAACUGGUUAACGUUGGUGAUGCAAUGUAGUGUACCAUUUCAUGGCUGUAAUUUCCAUAAUUCUUUGCCAUAGCAAUAACUGGCGUGGACAAAAUGUGGUGAUAUAACGAGGGUAGGCUGUACCAGAAAGUGUCGCAUUUCCUGAGGGGUUGUUCGAGGGGAAUACGGUAUGAUACGGAGGGUAAAUAAACCUUCAAAAAUAUAUUCAAGAUGUAUAAAUUAUUAUUAUUACAUAUGACAUUUUCCUUUAGAAACUCUCGGAUAAAUUUGUUGAUAUUUUUGUAUUUUGAGGAUGUUGUCUUUUGCAGAAUUUUAUCUAUUUCUGGUUGACUCACCAGAUGUGUGGAUAAUCUCCCAUCCCUGUGUGACGUAGAGAGAUGGUUGACUCACCAGAGGUGGGGGGAAUCUCCCAUCCCUGUGUGAUGUAGAAAGAUGGUUGACUCACCAGAGAGGUUGGGAAUCCCCCAUCCCUGUAUGAUGUAGAAAGAUGGUUGACUCACCAGAGGUGUGGAGAAUCUCCCAUCCCUGUAUGAUGUAGAAAGAUGGUUGACUCACCAGAGGUGUGGAGAAUCUCCCAUCCCUGUAUGAUGUAGAGAGAUGGUUGACUCACCAGAGUUGUGGAGAAUCUCCCAUCCCUGUAUGAUGUAGAAAGAUGGUUGACUCACCAGAGGUGUGGAGAAUCUCCCAUCCCUGUGUGAUGUAGAAAGAUGUUUGACUCACCAGAGGUGUGGAGAAUAUCCCAUCCCUGUGUGAUGUAGAAAGAUGUUUGACUCACCAGAGUUGUGGAGAAUCUCCCAUCCCUGUGUGAUGUAGAAAGAUGGUUGACUCACCAGAGUUGUGGAGAACCUCCCAUCCCUAUAUGAUUCAUUGUGUGAAUAAGUGAUGAUACUAUUUGAUUAUGGUAUGGUUUUGCAUAAUAAACAAAUGAUGACAUUCUACUGCGCGAUUGAAUAUGGAAAGACAGAGUUACAAUUUCCAUAAACAUGAUACAAUAUGUCUAGCUGUGAGAAGUAACGAUACUGUUCAACAAUACUGAUCGCCAUACAUUAAUGUUCUGGGUGGAAUUGAUCCAAAAGCAUUAUCAGGUAAUAGAAGAUAUCGUUGAUAUUAGGAUUUAAAAAUAGAAUGAAUGAGAUAUUUUGGAUUAUUUUGUUGAAAUUGUACAUGUUACUGACUUUUUGUCUUUGCGGAUUUAACUUCUCUUCAAAAUAAUGCAGAUGCAUAUGUCACCAGAUCGGAUUCUUUUUCCACCGCGUGACCAGUAUACUGUCUUGUUUCACCAAAUAACUUUACUAUGAUUGGAUUAUGUUUAUUAGCAUGAUAUUGAUAACGGCUACGUGAUUGGAUUUUGUUAAAUCAAGUGACCAGUGAACUGUUUCCUAAUUGUAUUUUGUUAAAACAACAAGUGCUUGUUAUCACUAUUUCUUGAAAGCUACAGGAAGGAUAUUUUUCAAACUUCAUGUGUCCAUCGUGGUCCAUAGUUGUGCCCAUUUGAUUUUGAUUCAGAUCCAAUACCAAAAUGGCCACCAUGUGGCCAUGUUGAUUUUGACAAUUGUUUGUCGUCAUGUUGUAAGUACUUGACGCAUAUUUCUCAAAUUUGCUAUGUAGGUUUUACUUAUGUCCAUAUAAUUUGCAAUCUGGUCGGGAAAACAACAUGGCCAUUUAGUGGCUAUCUUUGAUUAUUAGAAUUGAAGAUCUUUUACCUAUGAACAUAUUGUUAUGCCUAGAUAAAGAAAAAUGGUCAGAUUUAAGGGAAGAGUCAACAGACCAGAGGUCAAGGUUACUAGGUUUAAGGUCAAAGUCAAUAUCAAAGUUUGCAUCCUUCCUCUGAUGACCUGAUGAAGUAAAAUUGGUCAAUAUUAAAAAAGGGGUCAAUUGAAAAGGUCGCUGUGUCAGAGGUUAAGGAUCCUGAUGAAUAAUUUGUUAUCCCUUGAUGAAGAAAAAUUGGUUAGAAUUAAAGAAGUUACCGACAAUAGGUCAAUGUACCUAGAUCAAAUUCAAGGUCACUGGAUCAAAAGUCAAGGUAAUUUGUUUCAAUGAUGAACGUUUUGUUAUGAUACUAGUAAGCUGACUAAAUGUCAAGGUCACUGGUUCUAAAAUCAACGUAACAUUUUGUAUAUUAUCACUGAUUAACAUUUUGUUAUAAUAUUAUGAAACAAAGGAGUCAUCUGACCUUCGAUAUCUAUUUGUAAUUGAGUCUGAUACAAAAUUCAUAAUGGCUGACAGUUCUGUAAUAUCUCUCUAACAUUUUAUAUGUACGAUUUCCUUGUUAUCACAUCAUGAUCUUGAGACAAAAUCAUCCUCAGCACAAUAACAGAUUAUUCAAUAGUUGGCGCCAAGAUCCCUCAUGAAUCUUUUCUUUGUGAUAACCAUAAUUCUCAACUAGAGAAUACAGCCAUUUUGUAUAUAGAUUUUUACCUAAUACACAUACACUCAUUUAUGCUGUAAUAAUUACUGUAAUGUAAAUGUUUGCGAGAAUACAUUCAUUGCUUGUGAAUCAUAAUGAAUUUUCAUGUUCCAAGUUUGAAUUCGUCUCAAAAUUAAUUUUCUUUGGAAUCUUUGAAAUAGGUCAAGGUCACUGGGUAAGAGGCAAAUGUCACAUUUUGUAUCCUAUAGAUGUUGGACAUUUUGUCAUGAUAUGAUGAAACAAAGUUGUUCAGAAUUAGACAUGGACUCGGUUGCCGAAAAGUCAAGAUUCCUGGGUCAGAGGCCAAGGUCACAUUGAAUAUCUCUUUGCUGAUGGACGUUCAUUAUAACAUGCAUCAUAAAGAAAGUUGUUCCAAAUUGAAUUUAAAAAAGUCAACUGACCAAAGGUCAAGGUCAUGGUUUCACAGGUCAAGGUUACUUUGUAUCUUUGUACUUAUAAACAGUUUGCUAUGACAUACAUGUAAGGAAGCAAAGUAAGUCAGAAUCAAAAAUCAGUCAGCUGUCUAAAGGUCAACUUCACUUGGUCAGAUGACAAGGUCAUAUUUUGUACUUUUUAUGGAUGAACAUUUUGUGAUUACCAUAAUUCUCAACUAGAGAAUGCAGACAUUUUGUAUAUAGAUAUUUACCUGAAUACACAUGCUCUCAUUUAUGUUGUAAUACGUACUGUAAUGUAAAUAUGUGAGAAUACUUUCAUUGCUUAUGAAUCAUGAUAAAUGUUCAUGUUCCAAGAAUGAAUUUGUCACAAAAUUUAUUUUCUUGAGUCUUUAAAACAUGUCUUUUUUUUUGUAAUUAGAUGAUUAGUUUGAAUAUGUGUACACUGUAUUUAUAAGGUUGAUGCUUCUGUCUAUCAGGGGAGAUAAUUAGUGUAAAUUCAUAUUUGAAUACUCUGUAUUGAUCCUAUUGUACAUACAUAUUAUGUAUCAAGAAUUUAUAUUUGAUAACCCAUUAAAUAUGUAAUAUGUAUCAGCUAGAUACUUUUAAUGAGAAAUACGAGAGGAUCAGUGAUCUUUGAUUUAAGUUCAAGUGGAAGCUUUACUUUUAGAAAUUAAGAUAUUAAGGAAGUUUAUUAAAUGUGCAUAAACAUAUUUCGAUGGGAAAAUUUAUACUUAUACAUCAUUUUGAAUUUUCAAAAACACAUUUAAUAUUUUCUGAUUGUUUGAUAAGUUUUUAGCUCAUGUGAGCUUAUGCCAUACCGUUGCAUCCAUCGGCCGCCCGUUCGUCAACAAUUGACUUCUCCUUCAUAACGACUGAUCGGAAUUUGACCAAAUUUGGUCAAAAGCCUUCCUAUGGGGUGUGGACUUAAACUUAUACACGUGUGCUGAAGGGAGGGGCCAAAUGCGGUCAAUUUUGCUAAACUUCUUUUCGUAAAACUAAGCAAUAGAUAUAGUUCAUAUUUGACUGGUGACAUUACCUUAGGGUAGGGAUCUAAAAUUGUACAAAUGGCGAGGCUGACCCCCUGGGGGGUAGGGGGCUGACGGGCGGGGCCAAACAGGGUAAAUUUGGCUCAAUUGAUAUAAACGAUUUCUCCUCUGAAACUAAGCAAUGGAUAUCUCUCAUAUUUGCCUGGGAGCUUCCCCUUGGGGUAGAGAUUCAAAAUUUUUCAAAUGGUGGGCUGACCCCCGAGGUCCUGAGGGGCAGGGACAAAAGUGGUCAAUUUGUUUAAACAACUUCUCUGAAACUAAGCAAUGGAUAUAGCUCAUAUUUGACUGGUAGCAACCUUUUGGGGUAAGGAUUCAAAGUCACUUCAUGGAUUAGUUGUACUAAUUUUUGACAUAAAAACUACAUUUGUAUGGUAGCUGAACCCCUGGGGGUCAAAGUCUCAAUUUACUAAUUCUAAUCGUCUUUUGUCCGUCGUCGUCCGUAAAAAAAAUACAUUUUCAACUUCUUCUCCAAAACCGUUGCACCAAAAUUCAAUGAAAUUUGGCAGAAAGCUUAUAUGGCUGAAGGCCAACCCAAUGGUCCCCACCGCCCAGGGGCCUGAGGGAUGGGCAAAAAAGGGUCAAAUUUUCUAAAAUUUCAAAAAAUCUUCUCUACUCUGAGAUAUGGUGGAAUCAAACAUUUUCAUAGAUGGCAGGGUCUUAUGGUGCUUUACCAAAAUUGUGAAUUUCAUGACCCUGGGGUCUCAUUUUGCCCAUAGGGAGAGGUAAACUUUCCUAUGGUUUAUAUAGGGUAAUCACAUUUUUGACUAUUAUUUGUAUUAUAAUUCAAUAACCUGAUUAAUAACAUUAUCAGCAUGGGAUAUGAGUUUGAUGGAUGUACAUGUUGGCCCUGACUGACUCCCAGGGGCUGAAGGGCGCGUCCAAAAAGGGCCAAAUUGACAGAAAUUUAUAAAAUCUUCCCAAGACCCAUAUAAAGUUGAUUCAAAUAAUCUUCAUAGCUGGAAAGGUCUUAUAGUGCUUUAUCAAAAUUAUGAAUUUCAUAAACCUAAACUUUACUAUAGUUUAUAUAGGAAAUCACAUUUUUGACUAUUAUUUGUUUGAUUUCUAUUGGAAUUCAUUCUAACUUUCCUAACAUUAUCAGCAUGGGAUGACAGCUUAAUGAUAUGCACAUGUUGGCCCUGACAGACACAUUGGACUGAUGGAUGGGGCCAAAAAGGGUCAAUUAGAUUAACUGAAAUAUUUCAAAUCUCAGGUGACUGUUAAGGCCCAUGGGCCUCUUGUUAGAAUUACAACAAAUCCAACAAAACUAAUGUAUACAGAAUCUAUGUAACCAUAUGAAAUGCUUAUGAUAUACUGACAUAGCAAUAUACUUAAGCAUUAUUUUUGUUCUAUAUCUCAUGAAACCAGGGUAACGAUACAUGCCAUAUGGGCCUCUUGUUUUGUAGAUAUAAUUAAGUUGAUGCCAAUUAAUGUUUGUGUAUAUUAAGACUCAUUUAUAAACAUUUACAAACUAAUAUACUGGAAUUACCUGAUAUUAAAAACAAUACUUGUACAACAGUUUCCACAGAAAAAGAAAGAAUUUUAUAACAAUAAAAUUGUCAAAAUGUU